AUGGAAACGACCCCAAUCACCCCGGUGUCUAACAGACACCAUGAAGUCCCGGAGAACGUCAAAGGGAAGACGCCGACAGCACUACGAGAUUGGCUCCUCUCGGCCGGUACUCCUAUUGCUAGGAGUGAGAAUGUCCCGAGACCCGAUGCUGAAGCGCCAACACAUCCAAUGAGCGCGGAGGUGGCUGAUAGCUGCCUCAGUGUCGUGGGCAGCGGUGAAUUGCAAGCUCUCUCUGCAAUCGGCACCAACCCAGAAGCUCACCUCCAAGCAUCAGUUGAAAGCGGCGAUCAUGGAGGGAAUGAGAAAAGCAGAGAGUUCCCACCUUUGGAAUACUUGAAACACUGGUUGCUCAAUGCAAGGCAGGAUCCUCCCAAUGACCCUUUGCAUGCAUUCUCGGCUGAUGAGCACUCUCACGACUGCGAUUUGGAUCCUGAAACAGGAAAUCUUCUCCCUCCUGUAGAGUAUCCAUUAACUAUGAGGAGCACGGAGAAACAAGAGGACGAGAAUGUGGCUUGGAGAGAGGCAAUGGUUUCGUCAAGCACCCACAUCCAGCGAGCCAUUGAAGGACUUGCUUCUGUCAAGGAAGAAAACGCCCAAGACAAGAUGGGGGAAACAGCCUCUCCAUAUCCGGAAGAUCAGGGUGCUCCCUUCGCCGAAUGCAUCAUCCGGCCGGCCAAACCAAGCGACUUUGCACAGAUCGCAGCCAUCAUCAACUUGGAGGUUUCUACAACUCACUGCCCCCAGAUCUUUGAGGGCCGCAAAAUUGUCGCGGAUGACAUUUUCCCCAUUUUCAGGCACUGCCAAAACACCCUGAGGCCUUUCGUUGUGGCUGUUCCAACCAAAGAUGAGUUUCUUGAUCCAUCCAAGUGGCCCUCGGGCUCAAGAAGAGUAUAUGAACAAUUUAAAAAAUUCAAGGAAAGUCAACCUGCCGAAGAGGAUACUUCGGUAUACGGCUUCGCUUUCAUCGGCGAGCCUCAGAUCGGCUUCUUGAAUAGGCCAUGCCAAGGUGCCCGUCACUCUGGGUUGAUCAGGAUGGUGGUCCAUCCUGACCACCGGCGCCAGCUGAUUGGAUCUGCUCUUCUGGAAAGGAUGUUAACUUUGAUUGAUUCAGCUCACCACUCAAUGGUAGACUAUCACUGGGAGGGCGACAAUUCGGAAUCCAUCUAUGAGCGGUCUGCAGCUCGAAACACCCGACAGUACUCUCAGGUGUACAUCGAGCUCUUCACCUCCAGAAAGGGAGACGAAAACUACGAAUGGAAGUCAAAGCUCCUUGAUUACUUCUCUUUCAAGUGCAUUGCUCGCUUCAAUGACAUGGCCAAAACUGACCGCGCCGAGGACAACCAGUGGCUUGAUCUUACAAUAUGGGAGCACAAGAUCAAGAAAGGAUCGAGACUGCCCCAUGUGAGGGCUUCGGAGUAUUUCGCCCCCAAGCUGGUUUCUUCUUAG